AGGACAUUGCAGCUGGCGCAAAAGACGUCAAGAAGAAGGAUGACAAGACCUGGUGUCCAGCAGAUGAUGAAUGCCCCUGGAAAGACAUGAUGAAGAUUCGUUAAACGUGGAGCCACCCAGAUGACAAGUCAGCAUUUACAGUCUGGCCAAAUCACCUCCAGCAAUCUCAUCAUCAGCAAUCUCUCCACAACUCCAUUCAACAGAAGUCCAUCAUGUAAAAUAUACAUUCCGCCAUAUCAGGCGUUCCUGAGCGGGAUGGAGAUCGUCCAUGAAUAUGCGAAGGUCCGCAGUGACUUCGGCCGUCAGUGUCUCUUUUCAGACCGUCAUGUGGAGAUGCUAGUCGAUAUUCCUCCCAACCCAAAGCUGGCAUCGCAGUUUGUCCUGAAGACGACAAGAGACCUAGGAGUGCAAGGCUGCUAUGAAAUGUCUGAGCAUGAGGUAAACACAGAUAGAUUUGAGUAUGAAAACCAGGGGAUAAAUCACGUGGAAGGAGGCUGGCCCAAAGAUAUCAACUCACUUGAGAUGGAACAAACUAUUCGUUUCAAAAAGAAGGUGGAGAAAGAUGAAAUUUACAUGAAUAGCGUCCUGGUGCUCGGCGAGCUUAUAGCACAAUGUGUUGGACAGAACAACGCUGUGGACAUCUACCAAGAGUACUUUAAGAAUGAGCAAUUAUUGGACGAGCUUCAGGAAGUCCCUUCUAUCGAGAUUGUCAAUAAAUACAGAGAUCGCAGUAAGGUUAAACGAAGCAUCACCUGUUUUUCUUGGCAACCUGGAGGAGGCUCAAAGCUGGCGGCUGCUUACUCCUGCCUCGACUCGCGGAAAUUUACAGCAGAUAUGAGUGCAGACUCGUACAUCUGGGACAUCGAGAGUCCCAACUACCCUCAGGCUAUUCUCCAAGCGACGUCUCAACUCGUAUGUCUGACUUACAACCCUCGAGACUUGAACACGCUUGUCAGCGGGUGCCGCAAUGGACAGAUUAUGUUAUGGGAUGCCCGUGCUGGACAUCAAGCUACGGGGGUUUCCCCUUUGGAGGAGAGUCACACAGAUCCUGUUUACAAGGCGAUGUGGUUGGAAUCCGAUGAAGCCUUCUCUGCAUCCACAGAUGGACAGAUUCUGUGGUGGGAUGUUCGCCACCUGAGCAAGCCCAUAGAACGGCUGAUUCUAGACAUCAAAAGGAAGGACGACCUCGAUAACGCUUUAGGAGCCAUUUCUCUGGACUACAGCGCUACCUCGCCAAACACGUUCAUAGUGGGGACAGAACAAGGGUCAGUUUUGUCCUGUAAAAGAGCCGCUGAGAUUCCGACCGAGAGGAUUAUAUGUACGUACGAUGGCCACCAUGGACCUGUCUAUGCCCUCCAGAAGAACCCUUUCUUUCCCCAGAACUUCCUAACUGUGGGAGACUGGGGGGCCCGAAUUUGGUCCGAUGAAAUCAAGGAGACGGCAAUCAUGUGGACAAAGCACCAGAAUGCAAAUCUAACAGAUGCCUGCUGGAGUCCUGUCAGACCCUCGGUCUUCGUCACCGUGAAUAUGGACGGAUGGCUGGACAUCUGGGACAUCUUGUUUAAGCAGAACGACCCCACUAUUAGUUUCAAGGUGCGGGAAGAACCUCUGUGUACCGUCCAGGUGCAUGAGGCUGGGUCCAAGGUGGCCUGUGGUUCUCAGCUGGGUGUCAUCUCGCUCAUGAAAAUCUCCUCAGGACUGUGCAUCGAACAGAACAAUGAGCAGGACCUCCUGAGCGAAAUAUUAGAACGUGAGGCGAAACGCGAAAAGGUCCUCAAGGCUCAGAGAGGAGGGGACGAGAGCGAGACAGACGAUCAAACUCUCAAGGAGCUGGUCCUGAAACCCGAGUAUGACUUCUACAAUUUGUUGGACUCGGAGCAGAGGAGGAAGCAAUGGGAAACCAGACAGCGGCAUUACAAAUAGAGAAGCAGACAGCAGAUGACGACAAGAGUCCAAGAAGGACUGGCAGAACUUUGUGGUGCUCAGCAAGAUGAUCAUCAUUUCUCAAGUUGCAUGAAGAAAUGCACCGUUAUGCAACAACGGGGGAGAUUAUGCUUCUCUUUGGGUAAUCUUGAUUUUAUUACACUUGUAGUCGUUUUUAAAUAACGUGUAUGCAUAUAUUUGCCUGAAGAUUGUUACCCAAUUACAGUUACUACUGCAAUUUCACAUUGGAUC